AGAUGGCGCACGCGAUGAUAGUGAAAGCAGCCAUUGCGAUGGUGACUGUGGUGCUGUGGGUCCCUGAGGGGUGUGGCAGCCCCCUGCCGGUGAGGGUGUCGCCCAACGCUUCUCACAAGGAGCGGUUGGAGGCCGCGAGGGCGUUGCUGAAGGAGUCUCCCCUCAUUGAUGGCCACAACGACCUGGCAUGGAACGUGAGAAAGUUCCUGCACAACAAGCUCCACUCCUUUAAUUUGUCUCAAGAUCUCACCCAAGAAAAGCCUUGGAAGAAAUCACCUUUCUCCCACACGGACCUGCCUCGGCUGCGGAGAGGCAUGGUGGCGGCGCAGUUCUGGUCCGUGUACGUCCCUUGCGAGGCGCAGUACCUCAACACAGUGCAGCUUUUGUUGGAGCAAAUCGACGUGGUGAAGAGAAUGAUAGCGACGAGCCCCAGGGACACCGUUCUCGUCACGUCUUCGUCAGAACAGCAGGCCCUGAAUUUCAGAAUUCGUAUGCAGGGGACAAGGGCGGAACUUGCAUGCAACCAGAAGGAACUGGAAGGUAAUAAGAGUGAACGUAAAAAAUCUGAAAUUGCAAAUGGCUUUCAGUCUAAUCCAGGGUCUAAGAAAGGAUUUCAGUAUUUAUUUACAGACUGGGAUAAAGUCAGGAAGAUGACUCCUUGGACGAAACGCAGCCGACGAGGAAGCGCUCCUCUAAGCACUGGGGAGACAAAGAAAACGCUUUAUCACAAAGAAAUCAGGGAUGGGGAGGCUAUACCUAGUAGUCGCAGCGACGAGGUCCUUUGCGGAGAACGUUGCAGGGCAAGAAAGAGCUCAGGGUUGCAUAUUGCAAGAGAUGCUUUAAGAAUUACUCCGGUUGUAGGAGGAGUUCGAGGUCGACCUCGGGGGAAAUUGAAACGGUAUCUUUUUCCGGGAUUAUCUCUCGGUCUUUAUACUCCCUCAACUUUCAUAAUUUCCCCGAGGUCGACCUCGAACUCCUCCUACACCGGAGUAAUUCUUAAAGCAUCUCUUGCAAUAUGCAACCUGAGCUCUUUCUUGCCCUGCAACGUUCUCCGCAAGGACCUCGUCGCUGCGACUACUAGGGCCGAGUGCUCCGAGACGGGAGGCCACCCGCCCAACACACGCGGCUUAACGCCCUACGGGAAGGCCAUGAUCCGAGAGAUGAACCGCCUCGGGCUCAUCAUCGACGCCUCCCACGCCUCCGCCCGCACCGCAAAGGACGUGCUGAGGACCACUCGCGCGCCCGUGGUCUUCUCCCACUCCGCCGCCCGCGCCAUCUGCAGGAUCGACAGGAAUAUUCCCGACGAUAUCCUGAGUUCUCUGGCUGAGAACGGAGGCAUCGUCAUGGUGAGCUUCUACAACGAGUUCCUGACGUGCGGGAAGAGAGCGGAGAUCAAAGACGUCAUCGACCACAUCAACCACAUACGCACCAUGGCGGGGGUGGAUUAUGUGGGAAUCGGCGCUGGAUACGACGGUUUCAACAGCACGCCCAGAGGCCUGGAAGACGUGUCCAAAUACCCCGAACUCUUCGCCGAGCUCCUGCAGGACCCUUCGUGGUCCCUACAAGACCUCAAGAAGCUAGCGGGACUCAACCUCCUCCGAGUCUUCAGUAGGGUUGAACAGGUACGGGAAGACCUGGCUCUCGAAAAGGUGUCCGAAGAGAUCAUUCCCAUUCACGAUAUCGACACCAGGUGGCGUGCAGAUACAAGUUCGCCAGCCUCGAGGACACACGCACUUGACCUGCUCUCCGUUCUCUUGGCUUAGGUGGGGAUCCUCUGUAACGGACGGACCCCUUUGGCUACAACGAAGAAACUGUGCGGUGUUUGGGAUCGGAUUCUAAGUUCGUAGGGAGAUUAUAACGGCGAGGUGGUUUGUACUUUUCUUUUCUGUCUUUAUUUAGUUUUUACUUUUUUUUUGCGCUUUUUUUUUCUUUCUUUCUUUCUUUCUUUCUUUCUUAUGGGCAUCCUGGUUUGUUAUGUAUAGUGGUUUCAUGUUAUUCUCUUUUGGAUUACUGUUACAUAUUUUUCUCUCUUUUUUGUUUAUUUUUUUAGUCGUACAUCCUCCCCCAUAAUAUAAAAACAAUUAGUGAAAGAUACAAUGAUGAAAUGAUUUUUAAAAAUUAGUUCUUAUAAUUUUACAAGACAAGGCAAUAAAUCUGUUUGACAGACAACAUUUUUCGUUAAUAAAACGCUCAACUAAAGGUGGUGCUAGUAAAUAGAUUUAUAAAUACCAAGACAAUUAGCAGACUUUUAUGAUUCCACUUUUUUCUUUCUUUUUUUUCUGUCAUACAUUUUUUUUUUUUUUUUUUUUUUUGGUUUUGUUUGUUUUUUAUAGUAAAGUGCGUAUUUGUCAAAUUGUCUCACAUUUAAAACUUUUGUGCACAAAUAGUAGAAACAUAGAAAAAAAUCUUUUAUAAGAUAAACUUACAUUAAACGUUAAAAUCUACAUGUAUACAAAUAUAGAAAAGAAGUGUAUAAAAUGUACAUUGUUUCUUCCUUUUUCUUCAAAUUAAACCAUCGAGAACCUUUGAUGUAACUAUUACUUUCCAGAGAGCAUUUAGUGCUGGUUAAGAGUACGGUGAAAAAAUAUGUUUAAUGUGUUAAUUCCGUUUUAUCAUUGUUAAAGUUUACGAAUACAAUAUUCAGAAGUGGAAAAUUCUCCAUGCAUGUUUUCCUUCUUUCUUCCAGAAAAUAAUAUUUUUACCUUUUUACGUCAAACUACACAUGGGUUACAUGACAGCUGGAUGUUUUGUGGAACUGUAGGUAGAUGAUCGUUAAAAGAAAAAAAAAUAUUUAUGAUUGAUAACUGUGAAAAAUUG